GUGAGAGAUCUGAAGAGUGUGAAGGAGCUCCCAAGAGCAGCAGCAGCAGCAGCAGCCCGUCCAGUGUGCAAGGAGAAAGGCAGCUGUCAGCAAGGGUGCUUUGUGAGACUGCUGCCUGCCUGGCCUCCCAAGGAGCUGAGCCCUCGGGCAAGGGCCUGGUGUCCCCGCCUCAUCAUGGCAAAGGAUGGGGGCUGCUGCCAUGCCUGUGCCACCUGCCUGCUCUGCCUGUACAGCUGCCGCUGGUCACCCAGCAAAAAGGGUAUGAAGACCAGCAAGUGUGACUGUGCCUGGUUUUUCUUCCUCUUCUGCGUGUGUCUGUUCACACUGGCCUGGCUGUAUCUUGCUCUCGUCACCCUCAAUGAUUUCCACCUCCUCAAUGAGUUCCUCUUCCGCAAGUGGGAGUGGUGGCUUGACUGGUCAGUGGUGAUGCUGUCUGGAACGGCGACUCUGGUCACCUACUCGUCCCUCCUGCUGGUUUUGGCAUUCAUUCUUCAACUUUGCCACCAGCCCUUGAAGAUCCAUUGGCUCCACAAGGUCCUCCUGAUCUUGACUGUGCUUGUAGUAGCAACUGCUUUUGUGGGACUGGAAAUUCAGUGGGCAGAGCAGUGGGAAAGCGCUCACAUUGCCUUACAGGCCACAGGCCCCUUCCUACACAUUGGAGCUGUGGUCGGUGUGACACUGCUUGCCUGGCCAGUGGUGGACUGCUUCUAUCGUACAUCCCGCUCAGCCCUCGGAGUACUUCUCCUGCUACUGUACCUAGGAAUAGUGAUUGCUUUGUAUCUGGCACCACUGGGUAUUGACUCUCCCUGUGUUAUGGAGCACAGCCAGCUGCCCCCCAAGCCAGCUCUGUUUGGGCAUCGUGGGGCUCCCAUGCUUGCACCUGAGAACACACUGAUGUCCUUCCAGAAGGCACUCAACUGUGGUGUGCGUGUACUAGAGACUGAUGUCCUACUGAGUGCUGAUGGAGUCCCUUUUAUCAUGCAUGAUGAGAAGCUCACUCGGACAACAAAUGUGCAAGAACUCUUUCCUACUCGGGCCCAUUCCAAUGCCAGCUCCUUCAGCUGGUCAGAACUGCAGCAACUGGAUGCUGGCAGCUGGUUCCUGCAGAAAUACCCCUUCCCCACAGCACAAAGCUUCUCAAGCUCAGAACAGGCCACAGUGCAUGCACAGAAGAUCCUGUCACUGAAUCAGCUGCUGGAAGAGGCUGCGAGACACAACGUAUCUGUCAUGUUUGACUUGCGGCCUGAGGAGGAUCCCCAGUAUGAGUACCUUGUCAACGUUACUGUAGAGACCAUCCUCCAGUCAGGCAUCGCUCCCGAGCUGAUUCUGUGGCUGCCAAAAGAGUUUCGAGAGCAGGUAAAGAAGCGGGCACCCAGGUUCCAGCAGGUCUAUGGCCGGAAGAGGACGAAUAAUGAGACGAACAAGUUGCUAUAUGUUAACCUGCCCUACCAAAACCUGAGCAGCACAGAAAUCAGAGAAUACCGCCAUGACAACAUCUCUGUCAACCUGUAUGUGGUGAAUGCUCCAUGGCUCUUCUCAGUCCUAUGGUGUGCAGGAACCAGCUCAGUCACUACUAAUGCCUGUCAUGUGCUGCAGAAGAUGGAGCGUCCCCUCUGGCUCCUGCCUCCUGCCACAUACCAAAUGAUCUGGAUUGUUACCGACUGUGUCUCCUUACUGCUGAUUGGCUGGGCCUUCCUGCUACUGAAAAAGUGGUCCCGGAGAAAAGAGUCAUCAGGUUCUGACUCGGAUGUGCUAUUGACAAAGAUCCACAGCCUCCUGUCUGAGUGACAGGGAAGUAGUCUGAAGAGAACCCCAGGACCUGCCUCUCCUGUGACUGGCUUUGAGAUCUCUCUUCAUGGGGCUCAUUCGCUGCUACGAUCCACUGGUACUGCAGCAGUCUCUCCUCCCCCAAGUCCAAGAGCAGCACCAUUUGUGUUGCCUUGAACCAGGAUAAACUGGACUCCUGUAUUUCAAUCUGUACCCUCCUCUACAUGGCACAGUGAGGGGACUUUACAGGUACUCUUUCACCUGCCCAGUGGAGUUAUACCAUCUGGACCAGUGGCUGGGCUCCUCCUGUCUCCUCAGCGUGAUAAGUGACAGGAUUCUUUUCACUGUGGCUGAAACAUUUGUAAAUAAAGCAUCCUCUGAGGGUCAGAGGUGAAAUAGGUUCUGAUUCUUUGGGAAGGGAGAGGGCAUCCUUUCUCUUUACAGCCGCCUAAGAACUUUACACUUCAAAGAUUUACUGCAACUUUCACCCCGGGCCAUCUGCUGGAACUCUGCAGAAUGCUAGGUGGAGCGGUGGUCUGCUCCAGCUCCCUGGGGGUGGGUAAAUAAAUGCUUGCAGCCAGACACCACCCUAUUGUUUCAAGUCCAGUGUUGCUAAUUGAUUUUUUUUCUCAGUUAGAUAUCAGCCCCAGAA